AUGUUAGAUUACAGCUCAGUCCAGUUGGAAAAGGAUCUAUCUUAUGUUGAGGAGCCUGUGGCAAUACUGGACAGGCAGGGGGCAAAAGCUGCUUUCAAAUAUUGCAAUGUUUGGGCUACUCAUCCAAACUUUAUUGAUGUAGUUAAGGAGGGAUGGGAGCAGGAUAUAGUAGGGUGUAUUAUGUUCAGAGUGGUUAAGAAACUAAAGACGCUAAAGCAAAAACUAAAGGUGCUAUAUAGAAGGUAUUUCAGCAACAUUGUUGAAGUAGCUGAUGCAGAUAGAAUCGCUUUGGCUAAAGCUCAAGCAAAACUUCAUAGGAAUCAACUGGAUGCUCGGCUGCAGGCAGAAGAAUUGCAGAAGUUACAAAGGUACAAAAGAUCUUCUUACAUGGCAGAAGUAUUCCUUCUACAGAGGAGCAGAGCAACAUGGAUCAAGUUGGGAGAUGACAAUAAUAGAUACUUUUUUUCAGUGAUAAAACACAGAAGAUUACAAGAAGCUAUAAUUCAACUAGUUGACAAGUUUGGAAGAAUGAAAUCAGAUCAAGAGGAGAUAGCAGAGAUAUUUGUGGACUAUUAUCAAGAGCUGUUAAGAACAAAGGGUAUUCAGGACACAUGCCUCUCAAAGUUUUAUGAAGAAUGGAAAGACACUGUCAAUUACUCAACAAAUGCAAUUGGUAAGGCCAUAUACAGUUGCAAAAGUAAAGGUUGCUAUGAGGUGACCAAUGCAGUGCUGGAAUUCCUUGACAAUGGGCAACGACUUACUCGGAUAAACUCAACAAGCAUAGCUCUUAUACCAAAAGUGGAGAAUCCCUUGCAGGCUAGCCAAUUCAGGCCUAUCUCAUGUUGCAAUGCACUCUACAAGUGCAUUUCUAAGAUCAUUUGUAGGAGACGUAAGAAAGCCAUUCCGCUGAUUGUAGCAGACAACCAAGCAGCAUUCAUAGAAGGAAGAUCUCUCAUUCAUAAUGUAUUUAUAUGUCAUGACCUAUUGGGGCAUUACAACAUGAAGACUACUCCAAGGUGUUUGAUGAAGAUUGAUCUAAAGAAAGCCUAUGAUAUGGUUAGAUGGGAAUUUCGGGAGGAAGUGCUUAAAGGCUAUGGAAUUCCUAUGCCAUUCAUACAAUUGAUCAUGGUGUGUGUUACAAUAACUACAUUCACAGUAAAAGUGAAUGGUGGAGGUUUUUGA